AUGUCGGACCCAUAUCGCCAGUACCCGCCCUAUAACGCUGCAGCUCCAGGUCCGCACCCUAGCGGCGGGGCAUACUAUGCGCCCCAGGACGCCCCGCAUGAUUAUGGUUCUCAGCAACCAUAUGGGCAGCCUGGCCAGCUUCAACAGUAUACAGGUGCCUACAAUUCCCAGUAUGAUUUGAGCCAGCAAGCGCAACAGUAUCAGCAGCCGCCGCAGAGGGAUUUUCUGAGCCCGUCUGAUGCGCUAGGGUACCAGCAUGCGCCCGGAAACCACGAAGCUAGAGGUCGCCAGGGCAGCAACGCUGAGUAUUAG